CCCAUCGCAUAGAAAUCAACUCACCAUGGCGACAACUACACAGGUUCGCAUGCGAGGUAGACCUGCCCACACGAGAGGACCAACAUAUCUGUCAUAUACUCCAGACGGCACCAAAUUGAUCACUGUCGGAUCCAAUAAUACAACGCGUGUGUACAAGACCGGAUUCGAUGGCGAACCCACGAAUAUCGACGACUGCCCUGAGCAGAACACGGGAGUGGCUGCAACUAAUGAUUUCUUCGUUAUUGGUUCCGAGGACGGCAAUAUCAGCAAAUUCUCGUUGGGGAAUAUGACCUACGAGAAAUACCUUACACGAUGCUCUCUCCCAAUUCGGGACGUAACGAUUUCUCCGAACGGCAAAUGGUGUGCUGUGUCCAGUGACGAGCUUGUCGUCAAGAUCAUCAGAAUAAACGACACAAGUUCGGUCAUGUCCCUGAGGGAGCAACCGAAGCCUGUCAAACAUCUGUCCUUCGAUCCCAGUGGGGAACACAUUGCGCUGUCAUGCACAGAUGGAAUUGUUUACGUCUAUUCUCUUGUGGAUGAUGCCCCAGAUCUUGUUAGAAAGAUUGAUGGCCUGAUCAGGUUAGCAGAGACCGAGGAUGAAGUCUCGACAAAAGUUGUGUGGCAUCCAGACGGGAGAGCUUUUGCUGCUCCAACAGCUACAAGAGACAUUCAAGUCAUGUCUAGAGGCGACUGGGAAAACCAACGAUCCUUCACCAGCGGACACAAUGGCGAUAUAACUGCGCUGGCAUGGUCUCCUAACGGAGCAAUGCUCGUGUCUGCUGGGAAGGAUAGGAAGGUCAUCCUAUGGGAAACCAAGACUCAGAAAAUCUUAACGACUUAUGACUAUGCCAAUGUCAUGGACAUCGCCUGGCAUCCUACCAAGAAUUUGCUCUCGUUCACCAACACUGAUGGCGAAGUGUACAUUUACAAUGACUUCGUACCAGCAGAGCACGCCAAUCUAGUCCGUCUCCCUCUCCAGCCGGCACCAUUCAUUCAUGAUCCUCUUUCCGAGAUUUCUGCCAAUGCCCGAAGGCCUUUGGCAAAUGGUCACAAAGAUAUUCCCGACCGUGGCGUGCGACGAGGUACGCCUGAUAGCCUCGACGAUAUCCUCGGCUCGGAAGUAAUGGGCGAAGGCGAUGAAGAUGACUUUGUUGUCGACGAUGAUGGAGCUGGAUAUGCGUUGGGACUGAAUGGUAAUGGUAAGAGACCAAACGGAGUUGAUGCGUCUGGUCCCAUCAGCAAGCGACGAACUCAAACUUGGGAGCCACAAUAUCACGAGUCUUUUCAACCUGGUUCGACCCCUUGGCGUGGAAAUCGGAAGUAUUUAUGCCUCAACCUCAUUGGAUUUGUAUGGACGGUAGACCAGGAUACACACAACACCGUCACCGUGGAAUUCUAUGACCAUGAGUUUCAUCGUGACUACCAUUUCACAGACAGCUUUUUGUACGACAAGGCUUGUCUCAACGAGAAUGGUACUCUGUUUUCAUGCCCUGCAAAUGAUGAUUCGCCAGCAACCAUAUUCUAUCGACCACAUGAGACGUGGACAAGUCGAGCGGACUGGAGAACUCCCUUGCCGAAAGGCGAAGAAGUGACCGCUAUAUCAUUGAGCGAUUCAUUUGUUACUGUCACUACCACGGCCAAUUAUGUCCGAAUAUAUACCUUGUUCGGGGUACCGUACAGAGUCUACAGACAAAAGAGCAGUCCUGUAGUCACCUGUGCAAGCUGGCGAGACUACGUUCUCACUUUGGGGAAUGGUCCCGUUGGUGCUGAUGGGAAUGCAACCUUGCUAUACACCAUUCAGAAUAUUAAGAGGGAUGAGACCUGCCAGAGUGAGGAUGUCGUUGCCCUCUCAGAUGGAGAAACACUGAAAAGUGUGUUUUUCUCAGACAAUGGGGAUCCUUGUAUUUACGACUCGACUGGAACCCUUCUCACACUUCUUCACUGGCGUGAGCCGUCGCAAGCUGUGUGGGUUCCUCUUUUAGAUACCAAACUCCUGUCCCGUCUCGCUUCAGGUCGGAAAACGGAAACGUACUUUCCAGUCGCUGUGGCAGAUAACAAGUUUCAUUGCAUCAUCUUGAAGGGUGGAGAUCAAUACCCAUAUUUCCCGCGACCGUUGCUUUCCGAGUUUGAAUUUGAGAUCCCACUAUCGUCAAAGUCGAAGGCAGACAACGACGUGGACAACAUGGACGAGGAGAACGAAGGUGAUGAGCUGAAGAAGCUUGAGGGAGCUUUUGUUCUCAAGAGCCUCUUGACAGCUCAGCAGAAAGACCUCAUUGACAACACGAGAAGCACGCACUCUCAGCGUACAGAACUGGCGAGGAUGGAACUGGAGAUUGACAAGACCUUGUUGCAAAUGAUGGCCGUGGAGUGUAGGGAAGGAGAAGAACGGGGUAUGCGAGCACUGGAGAUGGUUUCACUAUUGCGGGAUCGGACUGGCAGAAUGAUUGAAGCUGCAGGGAAAGUAGCGGAGCGGUACUCGAGGCACGUUUUGGGCGAGAAGAUCAGGGAAAUUGGUGAAGCGAGGCUACUAGCGGAUAUGGACAAGGACUGAACAAGAACACGAUAGAUAUUGGAUUAGGAGUUGAGGUUCCCGUGUACAGGAUAUGGGGGUAUUUGGUUUGCGCUAAGAGUUAAUGUCACCAUGGAGCAUAAUGAAUUGAUGCGGUUUUUGCGCAGUGGGUGUAGCUGACAAGCAAUGCACUCUUCACCUCCUCAGCUCGAAUCUCUCCUCGCUUUUUCCAACUUACGAGAUCUGGUCCUGGUCUUCAGUGAUAGGAUGAACAGAGGUCGUGGGCCAGAAGCGUAUCUCUGCCCUUGUUCUAGAUUAUGCAUAGGGAGAGUAUACGAGUGCUAGGAGUUUGAAUCUGAAUUGCAGUGCGAGUGAGAGUGGAGGUUAAAAUGGAAGGCGCAUGAGGGAUUUUGGUGUUUAUUUGGAGGAUUUGAGUGUGGAGGAGGAGGAGGAGAGGUGACCUGGGCGGAGGAGGUUGUUGGAGUGUAAAAGUUGCGUGCGGCGAGUUAGGUGCGGGGCGUUAAUAGAUUCGGGUGCGGGUUUGAGUUGAGAGGAGGCGGAGAGGAUUGAGGGGUCGAGAAUUAGGAGGAUGGCGAGGAGAUGAAUUGAGGAGGAAGCGAGAAGCAGUUUAGUUGCAGACGUGGAUGUGGAGAUGGAGAUGGGUUAAUCAGGAUACAUCUGAUACCAAGUCAUAUAUUGCACGCAAUUCAAACAAACACUUUCUUUUCAUGUAUGCCCAUCAAACAUCCAAUCUCUGCUAUAAGCAGGACCUUUCAAGAACAAAAAGUCCCAUCUAUCACGCCGGCCCCUUCGUAACCGCUCUCUCCAACCCCUCCAGCUCCCCUACCUCUAACAUCCUACAAUUAACACUCACAACCUUAUGCUCCUCCCUCAACUCCUUCCCUCGGCAUCCAAUGCGUCACACAUCCACAAACCCUACAACGGUGAAAUUGGAUGUCCUUAGCGCCCCAGACGUAAAAUUCCGUAUCCCCUGUGAUUUGGACGUCUGAAGAGGAGAAUUGCGCCCAGAGGGUUGAGUAUCGUCGACAGAUUGAGCAGAGACAUUCUAUGAGCGGUUUGGUGGGCCUUGGAAAGGUCAGAGUGAUGGCUGUGCAGUGGCAGGUGGCUGUGAAGGUUGUAGAAAGUUUGUUUGAGGUUGGAGGAGGCGGGGUUGCAGUCAUUUUGAUAUUGAGGGGUUGGAGGCGGAGUUUGAGAAGAUAUAUCCAGAUGACGAAAAUGGUUUCCUGUGGCUUGUGGCUUUAGGCUUGAUAACAUGAAAUGUUCCGGGAUGUUGUAUUGUCUUUUGGAUUUCGAGACUGGUUAUGGGAAUGAUUUGAGAGGAGGCUAGGAGGAUACCUACGAACGGUGUGCCGCGAAGUUGCAGCUGACUUUACAGGGGUUUCGCUUCCUUUCUUUCUUGAUUAGAACGAAACUCCUCGCUCACUGGGAAGAACAAUGUUUAACUAGUCCAGGUGUACUUUCCGAGUUCUAUCAAC